AUUUUCUGCUGCUGGAUUGCUUACACUCAGAAAGUUCAAAUUUUGGGGCUCAGUUUCUGUUGAUUGCUGAAUAAGUUAUUCGCUUUAGCAGCAGCGAAGAAGUGCCUUUGUUUUUCCAUUGGAUAUGGCCACCAAUGAAAAUCUUCCACCAAAUGUUAUAAAGCAACUUGCGAAGGAGUUGAAGAGCCUUGAUGAAUCCCCACCUGAAGGCAUAAAAGUAGGCGUUAACGAUGAUGACUUCUCAACAAUAUAUGCUGACAUUGAAGGCCCAGCGGGGACUCCUUAUGAGAAUGGCCUUUUCCGCAUGAAGUUGAUUUUGUCUCAUGAUUUCCCAUGUUCUCCUCCCAAAGGUUACUUCCUUACUAAGAUCUUUCAUCCAAACAUUGCAACCAAUGGCGAGAUUUGCGUCAACACUUUGAAAAAGGAUUGGAAUCCGAGCCUCGGGUUGCGGCACGUCCUAAUUGUUGUUAGAUGUCUACUGAUUGAGCCAUUUCCAGAAUCAGCUUUGAAUGAACAAGCUGGCAAGAUGCUACUUGAAAAUUACGAUGAGUAUGCCAGACAUGCCAGGAUUUAUACUGGAAUCCAUGCAAAGCCAAAACCGAAGUUCAAAACCGGAGCCAUCUCCGAAUCGACAACUGCCCUCAAUGUUGACCCAACGAAUGCAUCUGCACUAAAUACAGAUCUCAAAAACACAUCUGCUGCUGCACUGCCAUUGGCAUGUCCAACUGCCCAUUCUAACACCGCAGUCAGAGGCGGGCAGGAGCAGCAGUCAAAUGCUGCAACACCAACCACAGAAUCUGGAGUCGGGGGUUCCGGGGUGGCUGCAGCAGCAGUGAAGAAGGAAGCUGCUGCUGGGCCACCCUUGAAAAUGCAGGCUGACAAGAAGAAAAUAGAUGCGAGAAAGAAAAGCUUGAAGAGAUUGUGAUGCUAUGAAAAUGUUUAAGUAAUGGGCAGUUUU